UCUCUCUUUUCUCCUUCUCUCUUCCUCUCGCUCCCUCCCGCGGGCACGCGCGCGCGCGCGUCACAGUGUAUAUGUGUGUUCCCUGUUCUCCCUUUGUGUGUGUCUCCCCCCCUUCGCCCCGCGACGACAACGAGUUCCGCCCAGUGAGAAAAGAGUCGAGCCCAGCUUUCCUGCAAACAAGACGCGUCCUCGACACGGCAGUUGUUUGUUUUCUGGUUUCGCGGUGUCGCGGUUGACACAAACAGCGAGCCCGAGGAACGAGGAAAGGUCCCGUCCGUGCUGCCGCGUCGCGAAGAGAGGAGGAGAGGCAACGAGGAGAGCCCGCGUGUUACCGUUGUGCGGCGGGUUCGUCGUGUUUCGUCACCGGCGACGGACGUCGCAGACGUUCUUCGUCGUUGUCGUCGUUGUUGUCGUUGUUGCUGGUCAGAAGAUUUUCCAGUCGACCGAACGGGAGAAGUAGUAAAGGAGUAUUCCUCGCCCCGGAUACAAUAGCCCAGACGGUUUAUGUACACACGCGCAGAGACGUUGGAAACCCGGUGCUAUUCAAUCAACGACUCGUCCGCUGCAUCGAGUACUCUUCAUUGAUGCAGCCUUGUAUUGUUUGUGGUGCUUCUCUUUCCUCGUGAAAGGUGUGCUUCGUUUAAACCUGCAAGGUGGUGCGACUGUUUCUCUCUUGUGUGCGUGAUCUGAAUCAGUGAUUCGAGGGAAAUGGCCGAUAUUGGUCGGCGAUAAAGAAAAAGUAGAAAGAAAAAAGUAUGUAUAUGUAUAUAUGUGUAUGUAUAUACAUAUAUAUAUCUAUGUAAAAGAAAGAAAGAAAAGAAAGUGAGAGUUUUAUAACAAGUGCAGUACUACGUUUAUCGUUCACUGUGGAUUAUUGGAUAUACUAUACCGCUCUCGUCCCAGCGACCUGCCGACGGAGCGCAACAUCGCCGCCGCCACGAUUUAUGUAAAUGAAAGGCCGAGACCUGUCCCAUUCUGGAAUAUUACUGUGUUACCAAGUGUUAGCAGCAGCGCUACAACGAAACAGCGUUAAAUGAGGAUGCAGAGACAAAACCGGAGUAGCUCGGAGGUGGAGGUUGCGCUUAUGCGCCCCGUAAGCACCGCUGGCUAAUAGCACUACAGUCCAUCCCCGACACCCUGCAGCCACACCAGAUCAGCAGUCUGCGUGACAUGGAUGUGAGCUUCACGAACGUAUUAGAGGGGGCUCGCCAGUACUUCCAGGGACUGCCCGUACCGAGUACAGGUGGUACGGCCGCGUCAGCGGAUCACAAUCUCGCGACAUCAACGAGUACCGCCUCGUCCACGUCGGCGUCGUCGCACGACCAUGGCACCGGUUCCUCCGUGGUUUCUCCGUCGCCAACAGCAGCACCACCAGCCCCGCAAGCACUACCGCCACUAUCGUUACCGUCGCAACCGGCUUCGAGCAACAGCACCGCCACCACUACUGUCGCUGCCGCGAGCAUCACCGGCAACGAUCAAGAACCGCCGAGCCGUUAUCACAGUGACGUCCGGCCGUCCUCAGUGGAGAACAGCGGCGCCUCCAGUACGAACAGCUUCUGGAGUCCAUCCGUGGAACCGUAUCCCCCGCAACCAACCAGGGUUGAAGUUCCCGAUACGAGGCCGGGAGACGAUGGAUCUUCGAUGGAGGCAAGCUCGUCGUCCUCAAACACGAUCACGUUAACCGAGAUGCAACCAUCCAGCAAUCGAUCCUCCGCGUCCAGUUUCUCCCAGAAACAAGCGUCCUCGUCGUCGUCGUCCUCGUCCUCGUCGCAGGACCACCAGCACGCGCAACCCACAACGACGACGACGACGACGACGACGAGCACAGACGGGGCUUCGCUGCACCUGCAUCAGAUGCAACCGCCCCAGCAACCGGCAUCCCCCGGCCCCGUGUACCAGCAACUGAACACCGUGUCCCGCGCAUCUUUCUCCACCGCGGAAAUACUCGCCUCGUCCCAUCAGACGACUUAUCAGACUGCCAGCGAGCGGCAACCGCAACCGAGCGCCUCUGUCGUCGCGCAAAGAACUCAGUACUACCCCCGUUACCAUCACCCGGACAUCACGAAGAGCGCGCCGGCCCCGUUUACUCAGAACUCGAUCUAUCAGUCAGCGAGCGUAGCUGCGGCAACAUCCUCGGGCAUCGUGCAGCCUACCACAAGGCCAACACCCAUGGAGCAACCACACAUGACCAACAUGCACAGUCAAGGACACAGUCAAGGACAUAGUCAAGGACACAGUCAAGGACACAGUCAAGGACACAGUCAAGGACACAGUCAAGGACACAGUCAGGGGCACAGUCAGGGGCACAGUCAGGGGCACAGUCAGGGGCACAGUCAAGGGCACAGUCAAGUACACGGCCAAGCUCACAGUCAAGGACAUAUCCAAGGGCACGGUCAAGAGCAAAGGGUGCCGAGUUCCUAUGGCGGCAAUCUCGUCGCUCCAACGAACGCAGCUACGAUUUACGGGUCACCGUCUCCUCAGAACUAUCGUCCGUUGCAACAUCAGCCCCAGAAUCGAACAAGUUCGUCGAGCAAUCCCGAGAACAGGCCGUUGCACGGGGAGAGACCGCACUCGUCCCGCGUGUCCUCUUCCCCGUCCUGUUCCUCGGUGAAUCCGUGCAGCCCGCGGCACAGCGGUAGCUUGAGUCACAUUCCUUCGUCGUCGUCGUCAUCGUCGUCGUUGUCGUCGUCGUCGUUAGUGACGACAGCGUCAUCGUCGCAGAAUCUUCCGGCGCACAUUCCAUCGUCGCAUCUGCCGCCCGCGGGCAGCGGCCACCGUUCGCAACAACAGCAACUGCAACAGCAGCAAUCGUCCCACAUGCAGCAGCACCAGCAACAGCAGCUUUCUAGUCGAAUAAACGCGUCCCCGCAUUCGAUCAGCGCCACCGCGUACAACAGCCGUACGGUCGCUCACGGGGCACCGGCUUCGUCCUCUUCCUCAUCCGCCUCCGCCGUCCCGUCGUCCUCCUCCUCGACGUCCUCGUCCUCUAAUCAGAUGCCACCGCCGCCAGCGUUGAGCGGUUAUCACCCUGUUGCUUCUCCCCAUGAUGCUCCUCAUCAUACCGCUCCAUCACCGCACAGACAAUCUCCUCACGUGUCCACCCUGCACAAUCCUCACGCCUCCCCUCAUCACGCCCCGUCCCCGCACGCAACCUUCCAACCCCAUUCGCCCACGUACCCCCCGCCCCCGCCUUCGGCAACCUCGACGCCUCACUCGUACAGCCUUCCGAUCACGUCGCAACCGUACCAACCGAACCCCGGUUACGCCGGCAACCUGUACCCUCUGCCGCCGCAGUCUUCGUAUCAUUCCUUCCAGAAAAAUCCACAGCCGCUCCCGCCGCCACCGCCGCAGCCCCAUUCGCAGCCGAGUUACUACUCGCAGUCAAGUCGAUCUCAAAGUCAAACGUACGUACAGCAGAUGCCGAUCCCGCCGCCCGGUCCAACUCAAUCAAUCUGUUCUGGGACUGGAAACGCGAACGGACCGGGAUACCAUCCAACUAAACCGGUGACGUACAACGGCGUGGACUCGAAGAGGACUCCGAUGGAGGUACCUUACCCCGCCUCCUAUCGAUCCUCCUUGACGUCCUCCGUGCAGAGGAGCAACACGCACAACCUGCCGCCCAUCGCCGCGCUCUCUUCCUACCACUCGAACAGGCAGCGGGAGCUGACUGGUAAAGCGCAACCGAUGCAGCGGCAUCAUCAUCGCGGCUAUCCGACCAACUCGCCGAGCAAGGUCUCUGUGGUGACGCCUCCGGUUUCCUCCAUAGCAGCACCGCAACGGAUCGCUGAUUAUCCAACGACGAUGCCUGGCAUGAAUCACGCGAUACCGGUGAAUGGGCGAACCACUACUGUCGCGAACCCCUCGUACAGUAGAUAUUCUAAUCAGCACAACUACCCGACCUACGCGACUACCACCGCGCCCAGUCACCACGGCAGCAACUCGUCGAGCACCACCGUCACCUCUAUCGGUAUCACGGCAAGGUCCGUUCCACCGGCUAGCACCAUGCACGCGUAUCAGCCAACGGAUACUACUCGCACGGGAGGCUCUUAUCAUCACCAGUCGGUCAGAGCUAGUGACGAUUACGGAUACAAGGAGUAUCCGUAUCAAAACUCUUCCUCGUCCACUGUCCAGUCUACCGCGGCGAAUAUAGUCACCCCGCCUCCGCAGACGAAUGGAGUUAGAAAAAGGGAAUCGCCGUUGGACCUGUCGGUGAAAACCGUCAAGACAUCCGCGGACUCCACCGCUCAAGACGACAUCGAGACGGCUACGGAGAAACACGUGAGCAGCUCUACUGUGAUCUCGUCGAGGAGCAGCAGCAACAGUAACGGAUCUAGAAACAGCAUGCUGCCGCCACCGGUUCAAACCCCACCGCAACCUGCCUCGUAUUCCGCAUUCGACAAUCGGCUCUCGAGCAACAGCGGUCGUGGCAUUCAGGCUACGAGCGGUGUCCGUGCGUCCACGCCGCAAACGGUCUGCGCGCCGAAGGUCGACUUCCUGCCGGACUUUAAUUCCACGCCGCUGCGUCAUCACCACGGCCAACCGCACGAGAAUACUUUUCAGCAGCGUAGGGGCUCCGCGCAACAGCUGUACGCCCCGCCCCCGCAGCCGCUCUCCACGCAGCAUCCUAAUAAUACCGCUCCACUGCCCCACAUGUCUUCGUUCAAGAAGUCUUCACUGCCCACCACGCAGGUGUACGACGCCGUGACAGCGGCAGCGCCACCGCCGCCACCUCCGCCACCGGUGGUACCGUCGUCCUCUUAUCUGACGGCGAACGAAUCUGUGUCGUCCAGGUCCUCCAGGUACCCGCCAAUGGUGGACCCGGCCAGGAUGGGACACGCUGGCUUGAACAUCCAUGAUUACCCGGCCGAGUCGAAAUACUACAUGGACAGCAGGAACAAGUUUGGUCAGCCUCCUCCUCCUCAGAGGGAUCGGACUUCCUCGAAAAGACUUGGAGACGCGAUCUAUGGAACGGCGGUACCACACAAACAACCCAGAUUGGACACGUGGUUUCAGCAGCGACUAUCCACCGCGAAAGCGUUGUACGAGCAACAGAAGAGGCAAGAGAUGAAUCUACCUGUUCCCUUGCCGAAUGGUACUCUCGUGGCGCCUAACGCUUACGAACAGAGGUCGGACAACGGUUACUCGUCGUCCGAGCCGUCUCGGUAUCAGCAAGCCUACUGUGAUAAGAGAAGUUACGCCGAGCCUAAGAUCACCCAUAGUUCAUCGCCGUACAGUCAUCCAACUGUCGCGAAACCUACCAACGUGCACUCUCUGCCGCAACAGCUGAGUGCCAGCCAGUCGGCUUAUUCGAGUUACCGGCAAACCCAGAAAGCUGGACCACCUUCGGUGGCUACUUCCGCUGGGCAAUCUAACGAUCCGCCGAGUAACACCGGCGCUGAUAAGCGGGUGCUUAGUUUGUUGAGGAACAGUCUCGAAAACAAACAACAGAGGGAAGAACAGAUGAACAGUCAGCAACCUAUUUUGGCUAAUCAUAGUCAGCAGAGUUUCCAAAAUAAGGUGGUUGCGCCGGUAGAGCCGAAAACAAAUAUAGGACGCCACAACCUGUCACCAUUCACAGCUGCUAGCUUGCUGGAACGAAACAGCAAUACACCACCCCAUUACAAGUUCCAUGUACCAAGAGCCGUGGACUCGAUCACUCAGGAGGCACCCCGCAGCUUAUACGCCUCGAGAGUAAAUUCAUCUGCGACGCUACCUGGCAAGGAAGCACUCCUGGGUCCUAGGGGAGCCGAGAGUCAGAUUCACCGUGACAAAGACGACGGUCUCGCAGCCAUAUUAGCAGCGAAGAUCAGAACAAAAGCAGAACUUAAACAGGUGGGAACAGGACAAUUUGCCAGUAAGCCAGUCGCUGUGCCGUCUUCCCAGGAACCGUCGUCGACACCUAAAGAGGUAAUAGACAGCGCUGCUUCAACGUCCGCCCCGCAAUCGGGAUCAUCAGCGGGUAGUCCUCCGAAGUUGACACGCGAAAAAGUGGCUUGCUUGCCACCUAGAAGACGAUUAUUCUCUAGGACAGAAGAGGAGAACUUGUCGGUGGCUGCGACCGUACCUGUGCCGGCUCCUGCGCCCGCCAUUGCAUCCACCGUGCCGGCACGUGCCAGCGGGUUCAGAAGUUCCUCCGAGACGUCGGUGUUCGAUUUCAGGGAAAGCGAUUCCGAGGGCGAGAUGCCGGUUCUCGAGCGGCAAACGCUAGAGGAGAUGAGGAGGGACAGGAAACAACUGUCCAAAGUACAACCACCUGUACCCCUUAACGACGCUAUGUGCAUGGGCAUGACAUCCUCGUCGGAUUUAGUGAAGAUAGAACUGAAGGAGAAUGAGAAGAUUGCCGAGGUCGACACUUUCUGGUCCAGCGCUUGCGAUAAGUUCAUGGAACAGCUUCGUACCGGCGACGCGAUGAAGAAACGGGGUCGCAAGAAGAAGAUCAGCUGUACGGUUAUUUCCAAGCUCGAGGACACGGGAAACGAGAGUGGCAAGGAAACCGAUGCUAACACAUCGUCUCAGAUUAAACCCGAAGACAUCAAGCAAGAGUUACAGGACGUCGAAUCGCCACCAGAUGUUAAGGAAGAAUUCCCAGAAACUAGUAAGGAGGACGAGAUCCCGGUAGCGACGAAGGACAUCAAGGUCGAAGUGAAAGUGGAACCAGAGGUCAGCAAAGAAUACGACAAGGAUUCUAGCGAUGAUUCUGACGAAGUGCCGCUGAUCCGAAGGGCAAAGAAGAAGCUGAAGAAGGAAGAGAGCGAUGGCGAGGAAGAAAUUAUAUGCAGGAAGAGACGAGUCGGUCGAGGUAGUAGGAUCAAGUUGCAGUCAUCUAGUGGUAGCGAGUCGUCCAGCGAAGAGAGCGAUGCUAGUACAGAAUUCGGUCACGGUUCCUCGGUAGCGGACAGGCUACGAGCAAGAAAGCGUACAUCCAAUAACGGAACGGAAACUGAAGGAAUGAAGCUUCGAUCGAGGGAUACUACACCACACAAGGCUAAAGUAGAAAAAGAAUCCAAAUGUUCCACUUCGAAAACUAGUUCCACUUCUCAGAAGGGCAAACCGAAGCCUCUCUUCGGAGACGGUAGCGACUUCAGACCAGGCUGGGAGGAAGAAGUCUACGUGUACAAGAAAUCUUUGAGGAUGCCAACCAGAUUGAUCACAGUGUCGAAACCAACAAGGUUUCACAGGCUAUCCACUUCGUUACCAGACUUGGAUCCAGGGUCCCCAGCCCUAUCUGUAUCAAUGGACAGCUCUGAUGUGUGUUUAAGCAGAAAGAAACUGGUGGACAGCGAUGUGGAGUCAAAUUUCAGCUUCAGUACCUCGGGACUCGAUCCAGGCAACAAGAUCGAUGACGAAGAAGCCACCUCGUCCACAACAAUUUCGUGCCCCUCGAAAGCUAUGAAGUGCAGCAAGUCGGAGGGUAGCUCUAUCGUCGAUGUUCUGGCUCAAAAGGUGGGUACCAGCAGGAAGGAGCAGAAGAAAAAGCAGAAGGAUAAGACGGAGAAGGGUAGCAACAAGUUGCUUCCUAAGAGUAGCAAUGAACCGGAACUGUUACCGACGCCAAGUUUGACGCCAUUGCUGGAAACAACUAAAUUGUCGAAAGGCAAGUCGCCGAUGAAGGACUCCAAGUCAUUGAAGCCUAUCAAAGUGACGGACACAUUCCUACUGGGCUACUUCCGCAAGGAGACGGUGAAUAACUUCAGGGACACGUUUAAGAACAACCACGCUCUGCCGAACGAGUUCUCUACGCUGGUGUUGAAGAGUAGAACUCGCACGGAGACCAGAGUGUUGAAGAAGCAAGCUACCAUCAGGGAGGUGUUCGGUGAGGAAAGACCAGCCUCGGCACCACCAAUGCAAAAUCACGACGAUACGUCGCAAGACGACGAUUCGCAAACGGAAACGCCAGAAAAUACAUUGUGCAAGGCGAGGACGUUAAAACAGAAAGUGGUUUCAAGGUUGAAGAACGCCGGAAUCCUGAGGAGCCAUAAAGCGAUCUUGAACUCAAAGCGUCAUUUGUUGAUAGCGAAGAGGCGAAAGGAUCUGCUAAAAUCAUUGGCGGAGAAAAAGUUGCAAAGUCUGAAGAACGAGGCGGAAGAUGAAGCUGCUCAGGAAGAGACUAACGACGCGCAAGAGGCGGAGAACAAUGAGUUGGACGAUGAAACCAACGAGUCGGAGGUUCCUAACAAAAAGAAGCUCAAACUACGGACCAGUCGGCGAAAGUUCCGUUCUGGAUUUGACUAUAUUCGCAAAAAGAAGAAACCGUUGAAGAAGGAUGAGACGUUACCUAAAGAAAGAAAAAGGCAAGUAUUGACGAGGCCCAGUCCAGAAUGUGUCGCGGACAUCCAGUCGGAGAUUAGAACUUGGGUGAUCAAGAAAGGCGUCGGUGAAACGAUGUUGCAUCGGGCUGCUAGACUUGGUUACACGGAUGUUACAGCGUAUUGUUUAGAGAAGCUCAAUAAUGCCCCGAGUCCAAAAGACAACGCAGGGUAUACACCUCUUCACGAAGCAUGUUCGAAGGGCCAUCUCGAGAUUGCGAAAUUGUUGCUUUCGUACGGAGCGAAUGCCAGCGAAAGUGCGAAUGGAGGAAUAAGGCCACUACACGAGGCGGCAGAAAAUGGUGCAACCGAAUUAGUACGACUAUUACUUUCCUAUGGCGCUGAUCCCUUACUGGCUACGUAUUCUGGACAGACCCCAUUGAUGUUGGCAGCAGAUACCGAUGCCUAUUCGAUUCUGGAACAACAUCUGGAUGAUAUUCAGGGCCGUACGAGCACGCCAUGGUCCUUUGGUGGACCAUCUUCAAUUUUCGACCCUGAAGAAACCGGUUACAACCCCCUCGACAAUCCACCUAUGGAUAGUCCAGAGCCAGAACUGGACGAAAUCGAGAUGGAAGUGAGCGACGUGAACCUGCCAGUUCUAUUCUCUCUGACCAACGAUCCGGACAAAUGGGUGUUGCUGCAAGAUUUGAUGGCCGCGCUGAGGAUAAAGAGCAGGGACGCUUUGCUGCGUCAGGUGAACCCUAAAGCUCACGCCGGUCCUCCGGCAGUCGCACACCGUGAUGUCAUGAGAGAGUUGAAGCUCCAAGACUUCCUAGAGCAGUCAAGGUGUUGCCACCUGUUAAGCGGCGGCGAAAGGAUUAAUGUGCGCGGCUCGAAAGUGACGCUGAUCAAAUACAACGAGAAAGUCAGAUCCCUGUUGAAUGUCGAGAAAGUGGUAAUCAGCCUUAGGUGACAGGAGGGGACUCUGGGGCGGUCGUCACCCCAGGCAAGACCGUCGACGUCCGCUGCACGGGACGUCCCGAAGAAGGAGAAGCCGUCGACCAGUUCGCCGAAGAGGCAAGGCAGAACGCGACAGGGUAAUAAGACGGCUGAUUGAACACGCGGAACGGGACAAUGUACAGGCGUAAGAGAUUCGAACGAGUUUCGUCGAUCGUUCGUUAUGCAUUUCUUCGAUCUCGCUCAAUCGGAACACGUCAAAAACAAAUAGAACACGCUCCACGUUGCGAGGGGUACGAUGAAACAUAGGUUAGCCGAGAUCGAGCAAAGACGAUUGACGACGAUUAAACAGCGAACUGUGACGCACUAUUAUUAGCAGUAUUUAUUGGAGGAUAUUCUAUUCGUGUCUAUUCGCAAGAACAGUGAUAUUUUAUUAAACUAGAGCCAAGCAAUCGGGUCUGUAAUUGUAAACGCUUCUAGAAUUGAGGAUUUUGCUGUUGACGCGGCGAUAGAAGCACGAUAUGUCGUUCCUGUCCGAAGAUCGUACGACACUACUGAACUUAUUUAAGCGUUUAAUCUCGAAUUGAAGAGACCCGCGAUGGGUCCUCGGGAAAAAGUCAAACCGGGAUGGUAGCCGGAGACGGUCGCGAGCGAAGGGACAGCGUCAUCUAGAAAUAUUUUUUAUCGCAAUAUGGAUCGGGUAUGUAUGUGUCUGAGCGCAUGUAUGCGCGUGUGCGUGCGUCUAUUGUACAUGUCCUACACGCUUCUUUUCCCAAGCAUGGUUCAGCUCGAACUUGGAGGAUCGAGACUUCCAAGGCUUAGGGGAUGUUUACGCGAUGCCGACCGAUACGCGUUUCGCGUUCUCAAUAGACGUGAUACCACGUGAUUCGCCGUUUAGGGUAACGGAAGGAGACGACCGUCGGAACGCAAACGUCGACUCGUCACCGGCUUUCACGUGUUACCAUUUUGUUAGGUUUACUUUCGUUUUUUCCUCCUCCUACUAUGUUUUCUUUUUUCUACUGGUAGUCAAGCGAGUCGAUCAUAGAAUACGUCCGGGUAGAUUAAAUCUUAACUCGUCUAAUUAAGUAAGUGUUGAUUAGUUGUUCAAAAGCGGAGCAUUUACGUUUAUUUUUCUGUUCUUUUUUCUCUCGUUUUCUGUUUCUUUCUUUGGGAUGUGCAAUUUCGUUAGACGAUCCUACGACCGAAGUACACGAUCGAUCGUCGAUCCCGGGGCGGAUAGAAAAUCGGAACGGAACGGGGGAGAAAGAUGUCGAGCCGAAUUCGGUCAAGCGCUACGUUCACUGUGCAAUAACUUUCAUCCAACUCGUGAUUGACUCUCGAGCGAACGAUUUUUUGUUGACCGCAUUCGAUAUUAAGUUGAUAAUUUGUUUGCGUUGGAACUAGACAAAACGCGAUUGCAACGCGUUCACUGUUGCCUGGGUUUGCUAGUUGUUGAUUGGUCUGUACCAAUAUCGCGGGAUAAGUUUCUGUUUCCUUCAAAAAUUUCUCGCAGAAAUUAGCAAAUUUCGUUAUGUAGUUCAAUUUUAUUGAUAUUAGUAAUUGUUUGGUUAAUCGGUGAUAUGAGUAGCUUAAAAUUGUAGCGUAUACGUUAAUACAAAAUGGCGGGUAACGUGACUACACUGAGCAGUGAACGCGUUAAGGAUUAUCAAUGCGACAAAGAGGAACAUUUAGGAUAUUUUCAUCGGAGAACACGGACUUAAUGUUCGGCGUCGCCUCUUUUUUGAUGAAAAAUCCAUUGUCAGCGUACUUAGUCGUUCGUGUCUCGACGGAACAGUGCGUCAGCGGCGUCGAAACGAAAAAGGAGCGGGGAGAGCUCAGUGUCGCAAACUUUUACGAGUGUAGUUUAGCGGAAAGCCAGACUUGCGCGUUUCAUUUCAUACUCUGUAUGCAAAUUUCAAUUGUUAUAAUCAGUCUCAGGGAACUAUCUCUAUACGUAUCCUCGAUAUAUUCUAUGCGUUGCGUGAAUUGGACAGGGACGCAGCCAGGCAUCGUCGCGCUCGUAGAUGAACGAUCAAAAUGUUCACCCUCCCAAACCAGUUUUAUCGCACGGUGAACGUUCUCACGAUACGGAUAGAAAUAUUCACGCGACAAUUACGAUUCACUAUUGUAACGAUGUACAGUAGAGACAAAGAAAAAUAAAAAUUCUAUUAGAAUUCUGGGAGUCGCGUGUAGCAGCGCCGCCUCGAUGAGGCGAGAGACAUCGAUGCCUGGUCACCUCCUGGCCGGUUUCAUUUUAUUUAGCUGACGAUGCGAACAGGAAUCUUGACGUGGACAGUGCAGUUUACAUAUACAUAUACCUAUUUUCGAAACAAGAAUUGAUUUUCGAGCGCGUGCGUCUCCAUCAGCCAUCGGACUGGGUUCCGUGAGAGGCCCGUGCACGAUCGGCGAACACUGGAAAAGGAUGUAAUUGUACGUACUGUACGCGAUGUACCUUUUCUCGAAUGUAAAGUAGAUUGCAUAUACGAUGUAAGUAGUAGUGGAAGAAGAACGCACGGCAACACUUGUUUAUAUUAGCGUAAAAGAAAAAAAAAGCAAAAAGAGAAACACGUGCACACACUCGUGUAAUUAUAAUUCUGCGUACGGACGAAGAACGGCGUUUAGAAGGACUCGAAGAAUAUUGUAAUUUCAUUGAAUCGAAAUGAACCAUAGGUACGCUGUAUCGCGUAUGUACAUACUUCUCCCAAGCUAGGGGUUAUCGCAAUUAUUACCGCUAAUAAUAAUAAUAAUUAUUAUUAUUAUAAUUAUUAUUAUUAUUGUUAUUAUCGUUAUUACUAUUAUUAUAAUUAUUAUUGCGAUUAUUAUUAUGAUUAUUAUAUUUUUAUUAUUAUUAAAUUACUAUUUAACACUACCGUCACGAAAACUACGAGUACUACAAACUACUGCUAAUUACUAUUACUGUCGCCACCAACAACUAUUAUCACUACUGUCACCGAGUAUCCGCUUUUUUUAUUGUACGAUAUAUACAUAAUAGCGAUCUAUAAAUGUACAUUUUCUUAGCUGUAACGUUUCCCCCACCAACACCACAACACCCUGCCCCCUUCUUGUAAUUUAUAUAUAUUCGAGAUACUUCUAAAUGUGUUAAACUGCUGCUGCUUUAUGAGAAAGAAGGAAGAAUUAUAUGUGAGAUAAAGAACAAAUAUAUUAUAUAAAUAUAUAUAUAAAUAAAAAUAUAUAUAUAUAAAUAUAAAUAAAAAUAUAAAUAUAUAUGUAUAUACACGUACAUAUAUAUAUAUUUUAUUUCAGAAGUUUAGUUUAAUGAAUAUAUAAUGUUAACGCGAGGAAGAUAACAAAUUGAAUUCUCUCUCUCUCUCUCUGUGAUUCGUCUAAAGAAAAUGGAAUUAAGAAAAGAUGAAAGGAAAAAAAUCAAUUGAAGAGUUAUGAUUAUUAAUUGAUUAAGUAUUAUUAUUAUCAUCGUCUCAUUAUCAUUGCUCUGUACCGUCAGGUUGUAUCGAACAAACCACAAUGGACCGACAAACACAGUUUUCGUAACAAAACUCGACUCGUGAUCUUUUUCUUUUCGCUAACAGUAACGAGUUAUCCUAUCGAUGUAAUAAA